AUGGCUAAGGCUUAUGGCAGGGUUUCUUGGCUGUUCUUGCUCAAGGUUUUAAGAAAGUUUGGUUUUUCAGAAGUCUUGAUAGAUAUGAUUUUCAGGCUUGUUAGCAACAAUUGGUAUUCUGUUUCAAUUAAUGGGCAACAACAGGGACUCUUUAAGUCUUCUAGAGGUGUCAACCAAGGGGAUCCUUUAUCUCCUGCUUUAUUCAUUCUAUCUGCAGAGGUAUUGACCAUAAAUCUUAAUACUCUACAUCAAAUUCAUCAAUUUAAAGGUUAUGGUUUGCCUAAAUGGAGUCCUAAGGUGAAUCAUCUAGCUUAUGCUGAUGAUAUGAUCAUUUUUACUUCAGCAGAUGUGUUUUCUUUACAGCUUGUUAUGGAAAUUUUAAAGAAGUAUGAGAAAACAUCAGGGCAGAAGAUCAAUAGGGAGAACAGUGCAGUUUAG